GUAACAGACUAUGCGAAAUGUCAUUUAUUUUAAAAUUAUUCAUUAUUUUAUACUUCCGUAUUGGCUAUCUUUUCCUUUAUGCGUUUGAAAUGGUUCCAGUAAUGCUGACAAAAUUUAAAUCGUCGUUGCUGAAACCGACUAUCCAAUCACGAAAAAAUGAUAUGUCACUUAAAUCUGUUAAUUUACCUGACAGUAAAAACUUAUUAGGAUAUGAAAUAUGUAUAGACUAUGCUAUAAAUUUGUUGAAAACUAAUGAUGAAUCUAAUGUAAUGAAAGCUAUCGAAGUAAUUUUAUAUGUCUUAAAAGACAACAAACUGACAAAACUACAAAGUGAUUGUUUGUAUCAUUUAGCCGUUGGCUUCUUAAAACUAAAUGAUUAUCAUAACGCUACAAUCUACAGCCAAUGUUUAUUAACGAUUGAACCAGGAGAUCAAAAAAUCAAGAAUCUGUUACUGGAAAUCAAAUCACGCUCGUAUAAAGAGACGAAAACUCUAUACGCAAUCAUGACGUUUUGGCCAAAUUCUAUCGGUAAACUCUUCCUAAUGAUGACAUCCAAGCAUUUAGUAAAUACCAUUUUGAUGUACAGCACAGUAUUAUUUAUUUUUCAGUCAAAUGAAUAAAAAUCAAAUAUCUUUCCAUAAAAUAUUUUCCUUUUUAUCUCUAUUUUGCGUAGACACUCAAAAUAAUUUCUCUAUAAAGAAGCUAUCGAUACCGAAUUAGAUCCUUCUUUGAUCACUUUACGAGGAUUAUUACUUUGAAACUGACGUUAAUAGAAAAAAAUGUUUAUACUAACCAAACGAACAAAUGAAUGAAUUCACUACUAAUUAUUUAGAAUUGAAACACCACUAAAAUUAAAUUAUUGAACUGAAGCAUUCGUUUUUGUCGUUCAUACUAUGAACUUUAAUAUAUUAAUACAUUUAAUUUUCAAACUCCGAA